UAUCAAAGUUUCCAUUUUACCAAUAUAACUUGAAGCACACACAAAUAAAGUUUCCUCAUAGCCAUAAGAGUAUAUAAAAACAAACCAACCAUUUUUCAAAUCUCUCUCACUCCAAAAACAUGUCCAUUCUCUAAAAACCAAACCCACCGCCGCAAAAAUGCACCACCGCCGCUUCUUCUUCCUACUCCUCCUGGUUUCUCUCUCCCCCUCCCUCACUCUCUCUCUCAACAAAGAAGGCCUCUUCCUCCAGAAAGCCAAGCUCAACUUCGACGACCCCAAUGCCGCCCUCGCCAACUGGAAUCCCGACGACGAAACCCCAUGCAACUGGAACGGCGUCGUAUGCGACUCCUCCGCCUCCGUCGUCUCGCUCGACCUCUCCAGCUCCAGCCUCUCUGGCCCCUUUCCUUCCGUCCUAUGCCGCCUCCAACGCCUCUCCUCCAUUUCCUUCUACGACAACUUCAUCAACUCCACGCUCCCCGACGACGACCUCGCCGCCUGCCUCGCGCUCCAGCACCUCGAUCUCGCUCAGAACUACCUCACCGGCGCGCUCCCCCGCAGGGUGGCCGAGCUCCCGAGCUUGACCUAUCUCGAUUUGACCGGGAACAACUUCUCCGGCGAUAUUCCGGCCAGCUACGGAACCUUCCAGAAGCUCGAGGUGCUCGCAUUGGUCGAGAAUUUGCUGGAAGGGGUAAUUCCCUCAUUUCUCGGUAACAUUUCCACGCUGAAGAUGCUGAAUCUGUCGUACAACCCGCUCUCUCCGGGUCGGAUCCCGCCGGAGCUCGGGAAUCUGACCAAUUUAGAGGUGCUGUGGCUGACACAGACGAGUUUAAUUGGCGAGAUACCCGACUCGCUGGGUCGACUCAGUAAACUCACCGAUUUAGACCUGGCUUACAACGGUUUGGCCGGGUCGAUCCCGAGUUCCCUCACCCAGCUGACGGCUCUGGUUCAGCUCGAGCUGUACAACAACUCGUUGAGCGGCGAGCUUCCGGGCGGCGGGUGGUCGAACAUGACGUCGCUGCGGCGGUUCGACGCGUCGACGAAUAUGCUGACUGGGAAAAUUCCGGUGGAGUUGUGCGAGUUGGCGCUCGAGUCGUUGAAUCUCUACGAGAACAAUCUGCGCGGCGGAUUGCCGGACGCCAUUGCUGAGUCUCCAAAUUUGUACGAGUUGAAGCUUUUCCGCAACCAGUUGUCGGGAGAAUUGCCUUCCGAUCUCGGUAGAAAUUCGGCGUUGUGGUGGAUUGAUGUUUCGACUAACAAUUUUUCCGGGCGGAUUCCGGAGAGUUUGUGUUCCAACGGCGCUCUCGAAGAGCUGUUGCUGAUUGAGAACUCGUUUUCCGGCCAAAUUCCGGUGACUCUCGGCGAGUGCCGGAGCUUGCUGCGGGUGAGGUUAGGGCGCAAUAAUUUCUCCGGUGAGGUGCCGGCCGGAUUUUGGGGGCUUCCUCACGUGUCAUUACUUGAGCUGAUCGGUAACUCGUUUUCCGGUGGAAUUGCGAAAACUAUCGCCGGAGCGUCGAACUUAUCUCAGUUGAUUUUGUCGGAGAACAAAUUCUCUGGCAAUCUGCCGGAGGAGAUAGGAUUUCUAAAGAAUUUGUUGGAGAUUUCCGGCAACGACAAUGAGUUUUCUGGUUCGUUGCCGGUCAGUGUGGUGAAUCUCGGGCAACUAGUGAAGCUCGAUCUUCACAACAACGCAUUUUCCGGUGGAUUUCCCAACGGCAUUGAUUCAUGGAAGAAGCUAAACGAGCUGAAUUUAGCAGACAACGAUUUUUCAGGUGAAAUUCCCGGCGAAAUCGGGGAAUUAUCCGUUCUAAACUAUCUCGAUUUAUCAAGAAACAGAUUUUCCGGCGAAAUCCCUGUUUCAUUGCAGAAUCUGAAGCUGAAUCGUCUCAAUUUCUCGUAUAAUAAUCUCAGCGGCCACAUUCCUCCAGAUUACGCCAAAGAAAUGUACAAAGACAGCUUCCUUGGAAAUUCGGAAUUGUGUGAAGAAAUGGAGGGAUUAUGCAACAGCAAAGAAAUGAAAAACAAGGGCUACAUUUGGUUUUUCAGAACUCUAUUUGUUCUAGCUGGAAUUCUACUUAUAUUUGGCAUAGUUUGGUUCUAUAUCAAAUACAAGAAAUUCAACGAUGUCAAGAGAAAUCUCGAUCGUUCAAAAUGGACGUUGAUGUCUUUCCACAAGCUGGGAUUCAGCGAGAGUGAGAUAUUAGAAGCUCUGGAUGAAGACAACGUGAUCGGCACGGGGGCUUCCGGGAAGGUCUACAAGGUGGUGCUUAGCAACGGCGAGGCCGUGGCCGUGAAGCGGCUGUGGGGGCAGUCGAAGCCGGACGUCGAGAGAGGGAGCAUCAGGGAUGAUGGUUUUGAUGCAGAGGUUGAGACUUUGGGGAAGAUUAGGCAUAAGAAUAUAGUGAAAUUGUGGUGUUGUUGCACCACAAGAGAUAGCAAACUCUUGGUUUAUGAGUAUAUGCCAAAUGGGAGUUUAGGCGAUUUGUUGCACAGCACAAAGAGUGGGUUGUUAGAUUGGGCGAUUAGGUUUAAGAUCGCCGUGGACGCCGCCGAGGGGCUGUCGUACCUGCACCACGACUGCGUCCCUCCGAUCGUCCACAGAGACGUCAAGUCGAACAACAUAUUGCUUGACGCCGAGUACGGAGCUCGUGUCGCCGAUUUCGGGCUGGCCAAGGUGGUGGAUGAUGCUAGUGGCAAGUCCAUGUCCGUCAUCGCCGGCUCGUGCGGCUACAUCGCCCCUGAAUACGCCUACACGCUUCGAGUGAACGAGAAGAGCGACAUCUACAGCUUUGGCGUAGUGAUUCUGGAGUUGGUGACCGGUAAACUCCCCGUGGAUCCGGAGUUUGGUGAGAAGGAUUUGGUGAAGUGGGUGUGUUGGACGUUGGAUCAGAAGGGCGUUCUGAGUGUGAUCGACCCUAAACUCGAGUCUUGCUACAGGGACGACGUCUGCAGAGUGCUCAACUUAGGGCUACUCUGCACGAGCCCGCUCCCUAUAAACCGGCCCUCAAUGAGGCGCGUGGUGAAGAUGAUGCAGGAGAUCGGCUGCCGGAGCCUGCACAAGAACGUCGCCAAAGAAGGGAAGUUGACGCCUUAUUACUAUGAAGAUGGUUCGGAUCAUGGCAGUGUGGCAUGAUGGGAUUGCUAUACACAUUUUGUAACUAAUUUUUUAAUUGCCAACAUUCACAAGUAGAGAGCAAGAGAUAUACUACUUGUGAAUGAAUCAUGCUUUGUAUUCUUUACCACCUAAGAUUCACUGUUUCUUGACAGUGCUACUGAUAUAGAUUUUUAUACCAGGUGAAAUUAUAUUGUUUUCUUUCA